ACCGGAGCGAGAGACGGUCGCAGUCUCCUCUCUCUCACACAAGAGCAGAGCAGCUGCUGCGGCUUCCAUCGUUUCCCCACGUCUCGCCGAGAGCUUUCCACCCCCGAAACCUUCGACUCCCUCCCUAAAAAAAAUCAACCCACCAGCGCGCGCGGAGGAGAGCCAGGAAGGAGACAGGGACAGCCCCGCGGCGCGCCGGCCGCCGGGUCGUCACACUCGCCGCCGCGGGCCGCGGCCGGCGCAUGGCAUCGUCGCGGGUCAUGGCGGCCUCGUCGCAGCCGCCGGCGACCGCGUCCGCCUCCGAUCUCGCGCGCUUCCGGAGCGCCAGCGGCAUCGGAUCCAUGAACAUGGACGACAUCCUCCGCAACAUAUACGGCGAGGCGCCGCCCGCGGGCGCCGGAGGCGACCCCGCCCCCGCGCCCGAGGCCGCCCGCCGCACGGCCGAGGAGGUCUGGAAGGAGAUCUCCGCCACCGGGGGCCUCUCCGCCCCCACCCCUACCCCCGCCCCCGCCGGCGGCGGGGGCGCCGGCGGCGCCGACCCGGCCGUCAUGACCCUCGAGGAUUUCCUCGCCAGGGAGGAGGAGGCUAGGGUUGCGGGCGUGGAGGGCCCCAUGGCCGUAGUGUUCCCCGAUGCGGCGGAGGGCGCCGUGGCGGCAGCGCGGCGACGAGGGGGCGGCGCUGCUGCCGGCGGGAGGGGGAGGAAGAGGGCGCUCAUGGAUCCCAUGGACCGCGCGGCCACGCAGCGCCAGAAGCGGAUGAUUAAGAACCGCGAGUCGGCGGCCAGGUCCAGGGAGAGGAAGCAGGCUUACAUCGCAGAGCUGGAGGCACAGGUCACGCAGCUCGAGGAGGAGCAUGCUGAACUGCUAAGAGAACAGGAGGAGCAAAACGAGAAGAGGCUUAACGAGCUCAAGGAACAAGCAUUCCAAGUUGUCAUAAGGAAAAAACCAUCGCAAGAUCUUAGAAGGACCAAUUCAAUGGAAUGGUAGACGUAACCCCAAAGCCCUGUUGUUAUUGUCUUACAGUUACAGAGUUUCUUCUCUCGCUUUCUGUUACCCCAGUCGUCGGUGGUGGCGGCGAUGUAGAAGCAGUAAGACUUGUUAGGUGAAGCACUCUAGCCCAAAAAGAGGAAGAAGGAUGUAGACAAGAUUCUCUGCGUGAUCCAAAAGAGUCAUGCCAUUCAGUAUUUGUGUGUGAUCAGCUGUUUAAUUUUUCUGCCACUGUGGCUCAUAUGUAUGUACAAACCAAAAUAAGCAUGUUUGCAUGAAACAUAGACUAGGACUUCCUUGUUACAAAGACAUUUGUAGAGAUUUGAGCCAAAGCUGUUUAAUUGUGAUCA